GAAAGAAGGAUUGCUGCAAAAGUUCUGAAACAAUGGAGCUUGUCUUGGAUUUAAUUCACAAAAUCUUGAACGCUUAUUUACCUCAUAUGGCCACAACUGCACUCAUCCACUUCAUGCCUUUAUAUCUCUUUCUCAAGUUUCUUCACUUCAUCUUCCGUUCUAUAUUUAGUGAAAACGUCGCUGGUAAAGUUGUUCUCAUCACAGGGGCCUCUUCUGGUAUCGGCGAGCAUUUAGCCUAUGAAUAUGCUAAAAGAGGUGCUCGUCUAGUGCUUGCGGCAAGAAGGCGCAGAAGUCUUCAGCAAGUAGCAGAUAUGGCUUAUUGGCUUGGAUCUCCAGAUGUUGUUCCUGUGCAUGCUGAUGUUUCCAAAGUUGAAGAUUGCCAGCGAUUAAUUGAGGAAGCUAUAAGUAACUUUGGUAGAUUGGAUCAUCUGGUGACCAAUGCUGCUGUGACGCCCCUAUACUUGUUUGAGAACCUUAUAGAGGUCACCAAAGCUGCACCCGCAAUGGACAUAAAUUUCUGGGGUGCAGUUUAUACUACCCAUUUUGCCAUCCCCUUUUUGAAGGAAACCAAGGGAAAAAUCGUAGCCAUCACUUCAUCAGCUGGUGUUCUGAAUGCAGCCAGAAUCAGCUUCUAUAAUGCAAGUAAAGCUGCAAUGAUUAGUUUCUAUGAGACGUUGCGGGUAGAACUUGGGACACAAAUUGGGAUUACAAUAGUCACUCCUGGACUAGUUGAAUCUGAGUUGACCAAAGGCAAAUUUCUCACAACAGAGGGCAAGUUGGAAGUGGACCAAGUAAUGAGAGACGUUGAAAUGAGUGUUACUCCUAUACUGCCAGUGCAAAAAUGUGCUAGAGCAAUUGUCAAGAGUGCAUGCCGCGGAGACAACUACCUAACAGAACCACCAUGGUUCAAGACAUUAUUCGUCUACAGAAUAUUUUUCCCUGAAUUUCUAGAAUGGUUCCAACGAUGGUUUUUGUUCCCAGGGCCAGGGCAACCACCAACAGAGGCUCCCAGCAAGAUAAUUCUAGAUGUGACUGGAUUUAAGGAAUAUGGUUAUCCAAAGUCCGUCCUAUCUCCACAUAUAAAAGUGGAUUGAGGAAACUAAUAGAAAACUUAAGCUAGCUAGAAUAAUGUCAGCAUAGUUCCCAUGCAAACUGGCCAGAAUGUGGUUUUUAUCUUUUCAUUUUGUGGAGUACUGAAGAUGAAAGAAACAAAACAAAAACGAAAACAAGGUUGAAAAAAGAGGCUGACAAUUGAAUUAAUAGAAAUAAGUCGUACACUCUUAUAACUUACUUCAGAUUGUUGAUGAUGAAUAAACUGAUUGCAAUUUAUCCUCUA